CUUCUGCUGUCACUCGGGGACCGCCGGGUGCAUCCCCCGGGCAACCGUCUCCAGGGAGACUGGGCCCCGCCCCCGGCCCCAGACUCCGGCACAUCAGGAGCUCAGAGUGAGGCAAGGGCGGAAUGACACGUGUUGCCUUUAAAGCAUCUCUACACUGCCAGACAGAGGGGCCUUUGCUUCGGCUUUGUCUUGGACCAUCACAGAGAGGGCAGCUGGCGCCUGAAAGGUAGGGCAGGAUGCCCCCGGGGGUUGACUGCCCCAUGGAAUUCUGGACCAAGGAGGAGAACCAGAGCGUGGUGGUUGACUUCUUGCUGCCCACGGGCGUCUAUCUGAACUUCCCUGUGUCCCGCAAUGCCAACCUCAGUACCAUCAAGCAGGUGUUGUGGCACCGAGCCCAGUAUGAGCCCUUCUUCCACAUGCUCAGCGACCCCGAGGGCUACGUGUUCACCUGCGUCAACCAGACGGCGGAGCAGCAGGAGCUGGAGGACGAGCAGCGCCGGCUGUGCGACAUCCAGCCCUUCCUGCCCGUCCUGCGCCUGGUGGCCCGCGAGGGCGACCGCGUGAAGAAGCUCAUCAACUCGCAGAUCAGCCUCCUCAUCGGCAAAGGCCUGCACGAGUUCGACUCCUUGCGCGACCCCGAGGUGAAUGACUUCCGCGCCAAGAUGCGCCAGUUUUGCGAAGAGGCGGCCGCGCAGCGGCAGCAGCUGGGCUGGGAGGCCUGGCUGCAGUACAGCUUCCCCCUGCAGCUGGAGCCCUCCGCGGCACCAAGGGGCUGGGUUGCCUCCCCGCCGCCGCGCAUCCCCAUCCGGGCCCUCCUGGUCAACGUCAAGUUCGAGGGCAGUGAGGAGAGCUUCACCUUCCAGGUGUCCACCAAGGACAUGCCCCUGGCACUGAUGGCCUGCGCCCUGCGGAAGAAAGCCACGGUGUUCCGGCAGCCGCUGGUGGAGCGGCCCGAGGAGUACGCGCUGCAGGUGAAUGGCAAGCACGAGUACCUGUACGGCAGCUACCCCCUCUGCCAGUUCCAGUACAUCUGCAGCUGCUUGCACAGUGGGCUGACCCCCCAUCUGACCAUGGUGCACUGCUCGUCCAUCCUGGCCAUGCGAGACGAGCAGAGGAACCCCACCGCCCAGGCCCAGAAGCCACGCACCAAGCCGCCCCCCAUCCCCGCGAAGAAGCCCUCCUCGUUGUCCCUGUGGUUCCUGGAGCAGCCGUUCUGCAUUGACCUCAUCCAGGGCAGCAAAGUGAACGCCGACGAGCGCAUGAAGCUGGUGGUCCAGGCUGGGCUUUUCCACGGCAACGAGAUGUUGUGCAAGACGGUGUCCAGCUCGGAGGUGAGCGUGUGCUCGGGACCCGUGUGGAACCAGCGGCUGGAGUUCGACAUCAGUCUCAGCGACCUGCCCCGCAUGGCCCGGCUCUGCCUGGCGCUCUACGCCGUCAUUGAGAAGGCCAAGAAGGCUCGCUCCACCAAGAAGAAGUCCAAGAAGGCGGACUGCCCCAUAGCCUGGGCCAACCUCAUGCUGUUUGAUUACAAGGACCAGCUCAAGACUGGGGAGUGCUGCCUCUACAUGUGGCCCUCCGUUCCAGAUGAGAAAGGGGAGCUGCUGAACCCCACGGGGACGGUGCGGAGUAACCCUAACACAGAGAGUGCCGCCGCCCUGGUCAUCUGCCUCCCGGAGGUGACGCCCCACCCUGUCUACUACCCUGCGCUGGAGAAGAUCCUGGAGCUGGGGAGGCACGUGGAGCACGGGCGCUUCACGGAGGAGGAGCAGCUGCAGCUGCGGGAGAUCCUGGAGCAGCGGGGCUCGGGGGAGCUGUACGAGCACGAGAAGGACCUGGUGUGGAAGAUGCGUCGCGAGGUCCAGGAGCGCUUCCCCGAGGCACUGGCCCGGCUGCUGCUGGUCACCAAGUGGAACAAACACGAGGACGUGGCCCAGAUGCUCUACCUGCUGUGCUCGUGGCCUGAGCUGCCCGUGCUGAGCGCCCUGGAGCUGCUGGACUUCAGCUUCCCAGACCGCCACGUGGGCUCCUUUGCUAUCAAGUCCCUGCGGAAACUGACGGACGAUGAGCUCUUCCAGUACCUGCUGCAGCUGGUGCAGGUGCUCAAGUAUGAGUCCUACCUGGACUGCGAGCUGACCAAGUUCCUGCUGGACCGGGCGCUGGCCAACCGCAAAAUCGGCCACUUCCUCUUCUGGCACCUCCGCUCCGAGAUGCACGUUCCGGCCGUGGCGCUGCGCUUCGGCCUCAUCAUGGAGGCCUACUGCAGGGGCAGCACCCACCACAUGAAGGUGCUAAUGAAGCAGGGGGAAGCGCUGAGCAAGCUGAAGGCCCUGAAUGACUUUGUCAAAGCGAGCUCCCAGAAGACCACCAAGCCCCAGACCAAGGAGCUGAUGCACGUAUGCAUGCGUCAGGACACCUACCUGGAGGCCCUCUCUCACCUGCAGUCCCCUCUCGACCCCAGCACGCUGCUGGCCGAUGUCUGCGUGGAGCAGUGCACCUUCAUGGACUCCAAGAUGAAGCCUCUGUGGAUCAUGUACAGCAACGAGGAGGCAGGCAGUGAGGGCAGCGUGGGCAUCAUCUUCAAGAGCGGCGAUGACCUCCGCCAGGACAUGCUGACACUGCAGAUGAUCCAGCUCAUGGAUGUUCUGUGGAAGCAGGAGGGGCUGGACCUGAGGAUGACGCCCUACGGCUGCCUUUCCACCGGGGACCGCACAGGCCUCAUCGAAGUGGUGCUCCACUCGGACACGAUUGCCAACAUCCAGCUGAACAAGAGCAACAUGGCGGCCACGGCUGCCUUCAACAAGGACGCCCUGCUCAACUGGCUCAAGUCCAAGAACCCAGGAGAGGCCCUGGACCAGGCUAUCGAGGAGUUCACGCUCUCUUGUGCUGGCUACUGUGUGGCCACCUACGUGCUGGGCAUUGGUGAUCGGCAUAGUGACAACAUCAUGAUCCGUGAAAGUGGGCAGCUGUUCCACAUUGAUUUUGGCCACUUCCUGGGAAAUUUCAAGACCAAGUUUGGAAUCAACCGUGAACGAGUCCCGUUCAUCCUCACCUAUGACUUUGUCCAUGUGAUUCAGCAGGGGAAGACGAAUAAUAGUGAGAAGUUUGAAAGGUUCCGGGGCUACUGCGAGAAAGCCUACACCAUCCUGCGGCGCCACGGGCCCCUCUUCCUCCACCUCUUUGCCCUCAUGAGGGCGGCAGGCCUGCCCGAACUCAGCUGCUCCAAAGACAUCCAGUAUCUCAAGGACUCCCUGGCGUUGGGGAAGACGGAGGAGGAGGCUCUCAAGCACUUCCGGGUCAAGUUCAACGAAGCCCUCCGGGAAAGCUGGAAAACCAAAGUGAACUGGCUGGCCCACAAUGUGACCAAAGACAACAGGCAGUAGCAGUCCCUUUGGCCCCCGCGCCCGCCCGGUGGCUCCUAGCCCUGUGCUUGAAGCUGCGGCGACCUUUCUCCUGAAAGCCGGAACGGCGCCUCACGGGAAAGAACUGACACAAUCGCCUUUUGUUGUUUACAGUUAUUUAUUGAUGACUUGAAACGUUGAAGGGACUACACAGCCAUACAAGGAAUGCAGCUUUAGAGCCUUGUGGGGGCGGGCAUCCCCAGGCUGCCCCAGUGGAAGGACGCAGCCCCAAGUCUUCCAGCUGGUGACCAGAGCCCAGCUAGACUCCUCUCCUCCCACCGAACUACGGCAGGUUCGGCUCCAGCGGUCACCUCAUGCCUAGGCUCUGGAGAGGUGUCCCGUCCUCGGCUCUCCGCCGCCACCUCUGCACGUCUCCCACUGACUGUGAUUUGGGGUGUCCCCCCAGAACACCCGGUGCCCCAAGAUUCAGGGAUGCCACAAUUUGCUUUAAAACUAACUCUUGGGCCCGGGAUCCUCUCAUCUCUGCUGUAAAGCCAUUUUGUGUGCGGGUACGAAAUAUCGACUUCUUGAGUCCUACUGAAGUCCUACUGUACUCCGAGCCUAAGGAGAGCUGACCCCCGGCCCCCCCCCCACACACACGUGGGUCCUCAGGACAUGGUAAUGCUAGGUAUCGCCUCUUGGCUUCCAAUCAAGGGUGAGGCAGGUGCGGGUACUCUGGCAGGACCUGGGGCCCCAGAGCACAGGUGCUCAUUCAGGUGGGGGGGCCCAAGCUCUUUCUCCAGAACCCUUCAGGAGGUCUGCCGUCACCAGCACUGGCUGUAUCGGGAUUCCGGGCUUUGGUGGGGGCCCUUUCCCCGGGCGGUAUGUAGUCUUUCACUGGAGGGCUUCAGAAAUGCCCGCCCCACAUCCUGAAGCCAAGGGGCUUGGUCUGGGUUGUGUCAAGCCCAUGGUGGUCCUGCGGUAUUGGCGGCAGGCCUGGUACUGGCUGGGCUUACACCACUGACCUUGGCCAGGCCUCCCAAUAUCCCAGUGCCCGGCCUAGCAAGAAGACAUGCCAACUGUAGGUCUGGGGAGAGGCAGGAGGCAGCAGCUCGCUCCAGGUGGUGGCUGGCCCCAUUGGCUCUGCUCGCAGUCUGCCUAUCACUCAGAACACCUGGCUCACCCAGUGUGUGCUGAGAUCCACCAGCUUCCCCUGGCCUGUCCGUGUGUACAUAUGUUAUUUAUUGGAGCGAGUCUGCACACUCCCCGGCGUGGGCUGCAGGCCUUUGCACAUACACAGCGGUUUGGGGCUGGGUGUGUAUUGUGUGCCGGGCAAAAAUAUUUCCAAUUUAAAAAAAUCAUUUACUGUUUCUGUGUAGCGAAGGUGAGCCUAAGCAGCAGGGAUGGAAACCGAGCCCAGACAGCUGAGAAACCUUGGCAGGAGAGGUAAAAGCAGAUUAAAUAAGGAGUCUUGUUAAGCUUUCCACCUGGGCCCUAAGGCACACGGGGCAUGCAGGACUCACAAGAAGAUUGCAAAGAAAAAAAGUCAUUCAGGUGGAGUUAGAACCAGAACUUUAUUGUAGCAGAUACACUUUCUGACCUAGCAUCGAUAGACACAUCUUAAGAGUGACACCUGGGGCAGCUAAGGACACACGUGCCCCCCUCCCCCCGCCCCCCCAAAUGGGUUCUCAGUGGUCUACACAGAGCAGCUACAGUGGCGGGCAUGGAAGAUGGCUACACACAGACACAGGUGACCGUCCGUUUUCUGGAAACUAGCAGUGAUGACCACAGGACAGUAGUCAAAAUGACAGCCCUCCCUGCCCUGUUUUAGAAAUCUAAAAUUUUACAUUUAAAUUAAUCAUAAUAAAAAGAGAAAAGUGGC